AUGACGUUGAACUACACCGAACUUAUGACGUUGAUAUGGUGUCUGUGGGGUGGGUCAUUCGUCUUCACUGCUCUGAGAGGUUUUCUACGAUGGAAGUCCCAACACCGGCUGUUCGCCGACGAUCACUUCGUCUUCUUUGGCUUGCUAUCUUUGACGGCUCUCUCUGUGGUUAUCACACGAUUGCUACCGCAGUUUUUCCUCGCUCAGGAAUACUCAAAAGCAGCUAUAGCAGAUCCAAAUACCCCAAUGCCACUACCACCGGACGAGUUCGUCGAAAGGACACGCACUGCACUCAAACUCAUGUUCAGCCAGAUGCUUUUGUUUUGGACAACCCUAUGGGCUGCCAAAUUCUCUAUCCUGUUCUUCUUUAGGCGUUUGGUCAUUGGACUACCCAUAUACAUGCGCGCUUGGUGGUUAUGUUUUAUAUUGGUGCUACUUCUCUACCUCGCAUCAAUCGCCUCAAACUUCUUGACCUGCCGUCCAUUAUCCAGAUACUGGAGCGCGACUGGGUGUAGCGAUCCAGAGGAUCUCAUCCGAGCCGAUGCCUCCAUCAAAUUCGCAACAAGCGCAGACGUCGUUGCUGACGCUCUCAUAAUGCUUCUCCCUCUUAACCUGUUGCGCAAACUCCAAGUUUCAGCCCAGCAGAAGUUUGGACUUGCUAUUAUCUUCUCACUCGGUACCAUCAUCAUCGCCUUCGCGUUCGCACGGCUUGCGCAAGUCACAAAGGCUACUUCGAAUCCCGACCCAGCCGCACUUGCUGAUGGACCUGUGCUACUGAGUAUGUGGAGCCACAUCGAGUCAUCCGUAUCUGUCAUAGUCGCUACACUGCCAGCGUUCAGAUACCUAUUGAAUGGAACAAUGGGGCGCACUCGACCAAGUCCAUCUGCACCACCAGUAUAUGGCUCUGCGGAGCCAAGUGCGUCAGGACCGCAAAGCAAGGCCCGCCGUGUAUUCAGUGGACAUAGGUGGAGUCAUAACACAGGCCUAAGAUUGCCGAGUAGUGAACAGGGUAGAAAAGAAAGUAACGAUUGGGGCAGUGAGACCGAGUUGAGACCUAUGGCUGGAAUUGAGAAACAGGUAGACUUCACUGUUGAAAGAGAGUUGGCGAUACCACAGCAUCAUUAG